AUGGACCAUGCCGAGCUGACCACUGAGCAGGUUCUAAAGAGGGAUAUUCCAUGGGAGACGUACAUGAUGACGAAGCUGAUAACUGGGUCAGACCUUCAGCUGUUGAGGCGCUAUGACAACAAGGCUGAAAGUUAUAGAGCGCAAUUGCUAGAUGAUGAUGGUGUAGCAUACAUUCGGGUGUUUGUUAACAUUCUGCGUGAUAUAUUCAAAGAAGAAACUGUUGAAUAUAUUCUGGCUUUGAUUGAUGAAAUGCUAACAGCAAAUCCCAAAAGGGCCAGAUUGUUCCAUGACAAGUCUCUUGCAAAUGAGGAUACUUAUGAGCCCUUCCUAAGAUUGCUCUGGAAAGGUAACUGGUUCAUUCAAGAAAAGAGCUGCAAGAUUCUUGCUUUGGUUGUAAGUGGUAGGCCAAAAACUCAUGAAAGCAUUCUCGCAAAUGGAGGAGCCUCAAAUUCAAAGAGCAAAGUGACCACCAUUGAUGAUGUGCUGAAAGGACUAGUUGAAUGGCUUUGUGCUCAGCUGAAGAAACCUUCGCAUCCCAGUCGUGCCGCUCCAUCUGCUGUUAGUUGCCUUGCAGUGUUACUUAAGGAACCUGUCGUCAGAUCUUCAUUUGUUCAGGCAGAUGGAGUGAAACUACUGAUUCCUUUAAUUUCUCCAGCAUCCACCCAACAAUCAAUCCAGCUCCUUUAUGAAACCUGCCUUUGUAUCUGGCUGCUAUCUUACUAUGAGCCUGCAAUUGAGUACCUGGCUACUUCUAGAACCUUACCGCGACUGGUGGACGUUGUGAGGAGUUCAACGAAGGAGAAGGUUGUCCGUGUCGUUGUUUUGACUUUUAGGAACUUGCUUUCCAAAGGCACUUUUGGUGCUCAGAUGGUGGACCUUGGUCUUCUACAAACAGUUCAAAGUCUGAAAACCCAAGCAUGGAGUGAUGAGGACCUCCUGGAGGCCCUCGACCUGCUCGAAGAAGGGCUCAAGGUUAACAUAAAGAAACUGAGCUCCUUUGAGAAAUACAAGCAAGAGGUCCUUCUUGGUCAUCUAGAUUGGUCUCCCAUGCACAAAGAUACCAUAUUCUGGCGUGAGAAUAUCAAUAGCUUUGAAGAGAAUGAUUUCCAGAUUCUGAGGGUGCUGAUCACAAUAUUGGACACGUCCAACGACGCUCGAGCCCUAGCCGUUGCUUGCUACGACCUGUCGCAGUUCAUCCAGUACCAUCCAGCCGGGCGGGUCAUAGUCACGGACCUCAAGGCAAAGGAAAGGGUGAUGAAACUGAUGAACCAUGAAAAUGCUGAGGUCACCAAGAAUGCCCUUCUCUGCAUCCAGAGGCUCUUCUUGGGAGCUAAAUAUGCAAGCUUUUUGCAGGUCUGA